AUGAACAAAUGGAUAACUAAGUGGCUCAAAAUAUAUCUUAAAUCAUACAUAAAUCUAAUAUUAUAUUAUAGAAACGUAUACCCAUCUACAACGUUCGAUUUUACUACAUAUCAAACAUUCAAUUUACCUCAAUUCACCCCUAUUAAUAGACAUCCACAAUUACAAUCAUACAUUGAAGAAUUAAUCUUGGAUCUAUUAUCUAAAUUGAAUCAUAUUUACCAUAUUUCCCUUUGUAUCAUUAAUAAAUCCAACGAAAUUUGUGUUGAGAAAUAUGUCCUAGAUUUUGGAGAAUUUAAACAUAUCACAACCACAACAAAUAACGCCAGAGAUGAUGGUGAUGAUGAUGAAGAUAACCAAAUUCUAAGUGAAUCAGAAGUAUUCGAUGAAUUUAGAUCAAGUUUGAAUAGUUUAAUUUCUCAUUUGGAAAAAUUACCUAAAAUUAAAGAUAAUAUGGUAACUUUCCAGAUUGUUAUUAACGCAGUGGAAUUACAAUUAGGGCAUCAUCCUCAUUAUUCUUUGAAUCAUGAAUCAAUUAAUAAUGAGAAUGAGCUUUUACAAUUUGAUAGGGACGUUAAUUGGGUUAAAUGUAAAGAAGACGAAAAUUUACCAAAAUACGAUUAUACUACUACCAGAAACAACAACAAUCAUGAAUUAAAUCAACCGAGGAUUAAAAUGUCUUCUCUUGUUGGUUGUGAUGUUGGUCCCAUGAUUAUUCAUCAAUUUUCUGAAAGAUUAAUCCUAAGAGCCAGUUUAAAUGGGGAUGAUAAUGAAGAUGAAGAUGAAGAUGUAUAUUUAAAUAAUGAUGUUAAUAAUAAAGAUGGAUUUAGUAGUUUAGAUUCGUUCCCCUAA